CUCGUACAGCACAAGACCCCGUCGAUUCUCCAGACUCUCCCAGAUGUGGCACUGAACCCGCCUCGCUACCAUCCCGCAACGCCCGUCAGGCAAUUUUCCUCCGCCUCCAUCUUUCCUCAAGGCACAAGGCUCUCGGAGCCAUCUAUAUCUAAACUGCCCUUUCCCUUUGUCCUUUGGCCAACAUGACACCGCAAUCGACCUCCCAAUCUUCGCCAUGGCUUCUCAGGCCUUCGAAAUCUCAUCAAUCCCGCAGGUUGUCAGACUCUUUGCCCGAAGCCUGCAACCCACUUCGAUUGCGGAUUACGUGGCUUUGGUCAUUGCGGCCGUGAUUGUCGCGGGAUACCUGACUAGAGGCACGUUGUGGGAUAAGCCAGACCCUUACUAUCACAUCUAUUUCGAACGGCCCCAACAACGCGACGGCGUUGCUAGCUCGCAAGCUCAGGCGCAGCGCAAUAUCGCAAAGAAGCUAUCCGAAACCGACAAAAGAGCCGUCAUCUUUUGGGGCUCUCAGUCUGGCACAGCAGAGCGCUUCGCCAAUUACCUCGCAAAAGAGGUGCAAUCACGGUUCGGGCUCGGUGCGAUCUCUGCUGAUCUUUCAGACUACGAUUCGGAUUCCAUCGCUCAACUAUCUGGUGGACAACUGGCAAUCUUCAUCCUCUCGACGUAUGGCGAGGGUGAUCCCAGCGACAAUGCCAAUGGCUUUUGGGAUUGGAUCAACAAUGGAUCUCCGGAUGCUCUCCCAGACCUGCAGUAUGCUGCCUUUGGUCUCGGAAACAGCAACUACAAGUACUACAACCGCGUGGUCGAUGUUGUGGUCGAAGCAUUGAAGAAGAAAGGCGCAACCCUUCUUCUGCCGGUGGGCAAAGCAGAUGAUGCAGAACGCUCCACCGACGAAGACUUCCUUUCAUGGAAGGACGACCUCUUUGCCAUGUUCCGGAACAGACUGGGGAUGGAAGAACAAGUGGUCGAGUAUCAACCGACGAUUGUGGUCACCGAAGACGACUCUCUCACACCCAUCGACCUCCACCACGGCGAACCCACGCAUUCCAGAGACAACCCCAAAGCCGCCGCCUCAUGCUCACCUAUUCGACCACUGUCAAUCACGAAUCCCCGAGAACUCUUCCAAUCUUCCGAGCGAAACUGUGUCCACAUGGAGCUCGACCUUGCAGAACACCCCGAGAUCCACUACAAGACGGGCGACCAUCUUGCCGUGUGGCCUACCAACCCAGAAUCCGAAGUCGAAAUACUUCUCACUGUUCUUCGGCUGCAGGAUCGUCAAGACAUUCCGAUUAGUCUCAAAUCCGUUGACGCUGCAACCAAGCUCCAAAUUCCCACCCCUACCACGAUUCGCGCUCUUUUCUACAGAUAUUUGGAGAUCUGCGCGCCCGUAUCGCGGAGCACCAUUCAAGGGCUUGCCACGUUCGCUCCUUCGCCCGACGCGAGAUUGCGGGUCCUCAAACUCGGCCAAGACAAAGACUCCUACUUGUCGUACCUCAGGAAGAACCACCUGACCCUGGGUCGUCUCCUUAAGCUCGCCAGUCCGGAUGAACCAUGGGCCAAGCUGCCCCUGUCUUAUUUGAUGGAGGCUUUGCCUCUGAUGCAGCCGCGCUACUACUCGAUCUCGUCAAGCAGCGUUCUCAGUCCUCGGAGGGCCGCGAUAACCGCCCUGGUCGCCUCGGACUAUGUUCCCGAAAACCAGGAGCAGAAGAUCAACGGUGUCACCUCCAACUAUCUCCUCGCGCUGUCGCAGUCAUAUCCCGCGACGGCCGCUGCAGAAAUGCAGGCAGAGAAGUCUGUCCGUCCGCAGUAUGAUCUCUUCGGCCCCACCAACCUCCUUCAGGGCACCAAGCUCUUCGCGCACGUGCGCAAAAGCAAAUUCAAACUCCCCAUCCAAUCCAGCUGUCCGAUCAUCAUGGUCGCGGCCGGGACCGGAAUCGCCCCAUUCCGCGCGUUCAUUGCGGAGCGUGCAAAACUACACGCCAUCGGAAAGCCCAUCGGCGAGAUGAUUCUGUUCUUCGGGUGCCGUCGGCCGCAAGAGGACUUCAUCUACCGUGAGGAGCUGGAGCAGGCUCAAGCCGCCGUUGGAAGGGAUGUUUUCAAGAUCAUCACGGCCUUCUCGCGGGUCCAAGGGCAGGACAAAGUGUAUGUCCAGCAGCGGGUGCGAGAACACGGCAAGCAAGUGGUCAACUUGAUCGAGGAGAAGAGCGCGAGCUUCUACAUUUGCGGGCGUGCCUCGAUGGCGAGAGAAGUCGGGUUCAGCCUGGGUGAGACAAUGAAGGAGAUCAAGGGAUGGAGUGAUUCCGAGGUGAAGAGCUGGGGUGAGGGGCUCAAGAGAACGGGCAAGUGGAAGGAAGACGUCUGGGGUUGAGAACGCCACCAUUCGAAUAUCAACGGGUUUUUUGACCUUCUUUGCCCGGAUACCGAGGAUUUAGAUGAAUAAUAGAAAUUUCGAAGUCUCAGAAAGCUCUCAGGCUUCAAAAAGCCAUUUCCGUGGCUC